AUGGAGCAAUUUGAGUCUUCCCACAGUGAGGAAGAGGAAGAUAAGGGCCCGACCAGGGCCAAAAGGGGUAAGCCCGAGGUGGUCCAGGAAGAGGACGGGUUCCUCCGUCCCGUGGUGAUCUGUACAAACCUCCCACCGCGGAGGAACUGAACCAGCUGAAGGAGGCGGAGAGCCUGUUCCACUGCAGCCUGCUCAAGAUGCAGGUGAAACCAGGGUUAUAGUUGGGUGGGAGUCAUGGUUUUUAUGUGUGUUCAGGCAUGCAUGAUCAAAUCAAAUGUUAUCCGUCACAUACACAGUUUACAGUUGCUAUAAAAGUGAAAUGCUUGCGUGCUAGCUCCCUCAACAUUUCAGUACAAUAUCAAUGAUAAUCAAGUCAAUCAAAAAUAACAAGUCCUUAAAUUAACGUAGUAUGCACAGUAUAAAUUAUGAAUGUUCUAUAUCAAGUAUGACUUUGUUACAAAUAGAAAGAUAUUGUCUUGGUCGCACAGUUGAAUAAAUAUUAUAUAAUAGAACAGCAGCGUUAACUGUGUGUGCUUGUGUGUAAGGGUUUGAUGUGUAGAGACUGUGAAAACAGUUGUACAUGCAUGUAUUUACGCACAGCAGCGAAUUUAGGGUCACUGCAACAUGACAGCUACCUCAAUGGUUCUAUGCAUAUACAUGUGUUUGGCCUCGUUUUAGAUUUGGUUCAUUAUGAAAUUCUAGCUGCCAUGACUGAAUUCAAACGUAAGUUGGUUUCGGGGUGUGGUUUGAUGUGGGUGUCUCUUGUGUGUUCGCAGGUGGUAAGAGUUAGCCAAAAUAUUUAGCCAAUUAGCUUCAGCCGACUAGUGUGCGACCGUGGCAAAGUUGGGUUGACUUUGGAUAGCCCAUCUCGGUCUAGUUAUGGACCGUCAAUAAAUUGCACUAUGUAAAUUAGACUAUUUUAGUUUGCUUAUUAAAUGCUUUCAAUAUUUGUAUUUUAAUUUCUACAGUUUAUAGUUGGUGAGGUUAAGUCAUAGAAAUUUGAGCUAUUGGAGUUUUUACAUAUUGUCCCAUGUAUAUUGUGUAAUUUAUUGAUGGCCCCUAACUAGCCCCAUAGGGAUAUCCAAAGUCAACCCAAAUUUACCACGGGCAUUGCGAUUGGGUCGUGUGCCUCUGCACUCCAAAUUGAUGAUUACUUGUGUGCUGCCAGCUGUGGGCAGGAUUCAAACAAACCCAAGCUUCCCAAAAGUCACGACCACAAGUCUCACAAAAAUAAUAAAUGUUUCUGACUCAUAUCGAUGCCACAUAGGCUGUUUUCUAAAUGAGAAGUUGUUUGUUAGGGGCAGUAACUCUUUAAUCUCCAUCUUGUCUCUUUACCAAUGCCAACAGAUGGAGGAGCUGCUGAAGGAGGUUGUCUUGAGUGAGCGCAGGAAGCAUCUGAUCGACUCUUUUGUCCAGAGAGUUACUGAGCAGCUCCACACUGUACCACAGACUCCUGAGGUGGAGGUAUGUUAGUGACAGUGUGUUCAGGGGAUUAGAAAUAAUGGUAACUUGUUGUAUUUGGUCUUAACUCUGUGACUUCCAUAAAUGUGUUUCAAUUCCAAUCAUCUCUCUUCUCUUUCUCCAGCUGAGUGACCUGUCAUGGUUGUUAGGAGGAGUGAAGGUCCCCUUUCUCCUGGUGCCAAAGGCAGCCAAGGGCAAGUUCCACAUGGCACCCCCCAUCUCCGUUACCGUCAUGGGCAGCUACCCACUGGGCACUUGCACCAAACCAGCCAUCUCAGUCGAUCUGGCAGUCACUAUUCCUGCGGUACGUAACACCACACUAUUCACUUUGAAACAUGGCAGUCAUAAUUCGAUCAUACAACAAUAAUAACAUGCGUCUAUUCAUGUUUUCCUUCCAGGAUGUCCUGCACCCUAAAGAUGCCCUAAACCAGAGGUACCCACGGAAGAGGGCACUUUACCUGGCAGGUAAAUCUUGCCUCGUCUCCUGCCUUUGGGACCAUGCGGUAUUCAUGUCUCCAUGGCAACCGUCUCCGCCCCCUCCUGUCGCUUACCCCUCCAGGUACCAAGCAACAUACUGUAGUACUACACUGUAGCAUCUCUUACAGAAGGGUGGGAUAGGAACGGUGCCAUGUCAUGUAGUCUAUUUUACUGUUUUCCUUAACUCAAAGUCUAGGUUUGUUGGAUUUUGCAUGCUUGUUAGCAAGUACCUACUCAGUUAAUUGGUUGUGUGUCAAUGAUGAUUCAAUGAUAUGACCCCUUCUCCAGGGAAACACUCCUCCAGCUUCAUCUUGAGGCUCCACCCCUGCCCCCCUCCUGGCUUCUUCAAGCCCAGCCGCUUCCACCCCCAGAGGAGCAACAUCCGCACUGACUGGUACACUGGCUUGGAGAGCUCUCGACCAGGUGAGGGGCUCUACCCAAAGCCAAGCAACUUCGGUAUAUAUUGUUUCCUGAUACAGUUCCAUAAUGAUCUGGAACGUUAAUGUAAACAGAUAGUUAUGGGAUGAAAGCUCCUUGUUGGGGAGAUGGUACACUGACCUGAAUUAUACAAGCGGUGCACUGGAGAGAUACUUUACAUUAAAAUCAGACUAAAGUAUACAUUCUCACCGAUUCCUUUUCUGUGUGUUUGUGUAGAUACGAGUGAGCCGCCCACUCCCCAUUACAACAGCUCUAAUCUGGGGGACAUGCUCCCCAGGGCCCACCUGCAGUUCCUGACCGCUGUGAGCUCCCAGUGCACUGCCUUUGUAGAGGGAGUGGCCCUGCUCAAAGUGUGGCUCAGACAGAGGGAACUGGACCAGGUAUGGGCCCCUGCGCCAUCCGCUCCCUCUAUCAACACUGUUUUACCAGGCUGAACCCAGCUCUUACACUACUCUCUCUCUCCUCCCGUGCUCGUCCUCAGGGCGCAGGGUGUUUCAGUGGUUUCCUAGGCUCCAUGUUGCUGGCCUACCUCCUCUCCUCCCACAGAGUCAGCAACACCAUGACCGCCUACCAGCUGCUCCGCAACAGCCUGCACUUCCUGGGUAAGACGCAUGAGGUCUCAUAACCUACCUGACUGUCUGUUUGCUCCUACUGUUGGAGUAACACCGCAUGUACCGUAAAUACUGUGCCAGACUAACAGGAAGAAACAAAACAAGAAGGAAAAGAGGUUGAUGUGUCAGUGUAUAAGUGAGCCUGUGUGUGUGUGUGUGGGGGGGAGAGAGGGUGGGGUUGGAGAGAGGGGGUGGGGUGGGGUCUUAACAGUAGGCCAGGGUGAAGUGGUGGGGCUUUAGGAGGGAGUGAAAGAUGGUGAUGGACUCUGAGUCACGGAUGGCUAGAGGGAGGGAGUUCCAGAGCCUUGGAGAAACCCUGGAGAAGGCCCUGUUGCUGAUGCUCUGAAGGUUAGACCUGGGAACAGCAAGGUGGCCUGCUGUGGUGGAACGGAGUGAGCUUGUGGGUUGGUAGGGGAGAAGAAGGUCAGAGAGGUAAGAGGGGGCAAGGUGGUGGAGAGCUUUGUAGGUCAGUAGGAGGAUCUUGUAGUUGAUGCGGUGGGAGACAGGGAGCCAGUGGAGUUCACCUAGGAUGGGUUUGAUGUGCUGCCAGAUCUUAGUGUGGUCAUAUCAUUGUUGCUAUACGUUUUCUUCCCUCAUUUGUCAUCCCUCUCUUCUCAAUCUCAGCUUCCACCGACCUGACGGAGAAUGGAAUUACCCUAGCUAAAGACCCAGAUUCAACAGGGGGGGGGGAUGAGUGUUGUUCAAUUUCUACAUUAUGGAUCACAAUCACAUUUUCUUCCCCUUUUCCCUUGUUUUCUUCCUUUCUUUCCCUCCCUCAGCCCUCUCUCGCCGAGUUCCACAGUGCUUUCCAGGUUGUGUUUGUUGACCCCUCUGGACACCUCAAACAGGUGAGGUGCACGGACAUGACUGGCUGCACUUACAAACAGGUGAGCGCCCUGAGCCAAGAUGGCUUGAGAUUGGCUGGUUGGCAGUAACGUUUCCUCUGAUUGGUUAACUGUACCCUAUUUGGCUCUCAGGUGCAGUACGAGGCGUCGCUGUCGCUGCAGUUUUGGGACGAUCCCACUGUGGAUGGAUUCCACGCCCUACUCAUGACCCCCAAACCCAUGAUCAGGACCAGUGACCAUGUCUUCCAGUAAGUACGUUGUUCAGACACACACACUUCCACACAUGUAUUGUUCUCUCCUCUUAUUUAUAAACUUCCUUUAUAUUUUCUCAUUUAUUUAUAUAUAUUUUUUUCUCUCCUGUGUCGGUCAUCAGGCUGUGGGAGCGGGUGAAACUGCAGUCCUGCUGUAAGAAGUUCGACCUCCUCAGUGAACUCAUGGACCACAGUGGAAACUAUGUCCUCACUGCGCUCCCCUUUAUCCUCUCCCUCCUGCAACGAGGACUAGGCCAAAGGGUCCGCCUCCUCACCCAUUCCCUGACCCCUGACCCUGAGGUGAGCAUUCUCCUGCCUUUGGUUUCGCCUCACAAUACUGUACAUGUUAAACAAUACUGAAUAGGUUGUGUGUUUGUGUGUUAAAUGUCCCAGUGUCAGGUUGUGCGUGUGUAAUGUAGGGCUGUUGACUGGAACAGACCGAUCCAGUACGUUUAGAGAGAACUGUUUACUUGAUAGAAUUCUGAGUGGGUAUUCUGGCCGAUGUGUGUGACAGUGUACGUUUUCUAUGACAGUGGUCGGUGGAGAGUGAAGCUCUGGAGCACAAGGCCCAGCCACCCCUGUCCUUUUGGCCUGCUGCUCAAACCAGAACAGGCGGCCUCUGUCCUGGAGAGAGGACCCCCGGCUGACAGCCCCAAGGUCUGUGUGCGUGCUAGUGUUUCUUAAAAUGUGUCUCUGCUGUGUGUCAUUCUCACCGCUGUAUGUGUGCAGGCUGAGGAGUUCAAGCAGCUGUGGGGGGUCUCGCUCUGAGCUGCGUCCUUUCCAGGACGGGGCCAUCAAUGAGGCGUUGGUGUGGGAGGGAGAGCCCACCUGUCAAAAGAGACUGGUCCCACGCCAGGUCAUCGCACACCUGCUGCAGCUGUACGUACCUCAACUCCUAACCACUGAUCUAGGAUCAGAUCACCCUACCCCCAAUUCUAACCUUAACCAUUAGGGGGAUAAAACAAUCUGACCCUGUGUCAGUGGUUAGGGGCAGCUACGCUCUCCUAGGCUAGAGGGAAGGGGGAGGCAGUGUGUUGUGGAAAUGCUAUUCAUCAACAUUUCUGCAUCUGCACUUUUUGAAUGGAAUGCCUCUUUGGUAAAUAUGAAAAAUGUAUGCACUCACUAACUGUAAGUCGCUCUGGAUAAGAGCGUCUGCUACCAUCUCUGCCUUGUACGAUGUACUGUUAGUUUAAAUGUUGAAGUUUUAUUAGCCGUAUGGACGGGAUACACAUGGUAUACACCAUCCAACGAAAUGCUUACUUGUAGGUUCCUUCUCAACAAUGCAACAACAAUGAAAUAAAUUAUAAAAGAUAAGAAUACGAACAUAAAGUAAAUGGUACAAUAGAACAAACAUUUUAGCAGAAGUAUAAUACAGGAUUUCACAAUUUGUAGUCUAAUAUUUAUACAUGUUUUGGGGAAUGGGGGUUUGGGGGGGGCAAGUGUUUUAAAUUGUGCAGUAUUUAGCAAUCAAAAUAAGAGUCUGGUAGCAGCAGUUGUAAUGUGUGUAUAGGGCUGUGGCGGUCAUGACAUUUUGUCAGCCAGUGAUUGUCAUGCAAAUAACUGCCGGACUCAUGGUAAUUUACCAUUAAUUAACAUAAACAAGUUUAGCAAUUCAGGCUUCCACGCAUAGCCUACAAGCCACUGAUGUGGACCUUUGGAACAUCUACAUUUAAAAAGUAUAAUAAAUCAAUUUAAUAUAGCCUACACUAUCACAAUAAAUCCAUUAUUUUAGUCAGGUCUAAAGAAACAUUAUGAUAUGAAAUGUAGCCUAUUUCAGAACAGAAUAGCAUAUUCUGAGUCGUCCUUAUGUUAGGCCCUGAUCUGGCUAUGCCAUAUGGCUGUGAGCUACAGUAGUUUUAUUUAGGGGACAAAAUUUGCUUAUGAUUCCUGUAGCAUUCUUUUAUAGAAACGACAAUACAAUUGAACAUAGCUGAAUUAGAUGAAACAAUAUUUUUCCCAAACGAUUUCAGAGGGAUUGCGGACAUGGCAUAUUAUAUUAUAUUAUGCAGCUAUUCUGUGUUGAGCGGUUAACAAAGAAACAGGUCCUCUUACUGUGCAUUCGGAAAGUAUUUUUCCCCCACAUUUUGUUAAGUUACAGCCUUAUUCUAAAAGGGAUUAAAGUAAUGUUUUCCCUCAUCAAUCUACACACAAUACCCCAUAAUGACAAAGCAAAAACAGAUUUUUGGAAAUGUUUGCAAAAACAGAACUAUCGCAUUUACAUAAGACUCUUUACUCAGCACUUUGUUGAAGCACCUUUGGAAGCGAUUACAGCUUAUUGGGUAUGACGCUACAAGCUUGGCACACCUGUAUUUGGGGGGUUUCUACCUUCUCUGCAGAUCCUCUCAAGCUCUGUCAGGUUGGAUGGGGAGCGUCGCUGCACAGCUGUUUUCAGGUCUCUCCAGAGAGGUUUGAUCGGGUUCAAGUCCGGGCUCUGGCUGGGCCACUCAAGCACAUUCAGAGACUUGUCCCGAAGCCACUCCUGCGUUUUCUUGGCUGUGUGCUUAGGGUCAUUGUCCUGUUGGAAGGUGAACCUUCACCCCAGUCUGAGGUCCUGAGCGCUCUGGAGCAGGUUUUCAUCAAGGAUCUCUCUGUACUUUGCUCCGUUCAUCUUUCCGUCGAUCCUGACUAGUCUCCCAGUCCCUGCCGCUGAAAAACAUCCCCACAGCAUGAUGCUGCCACCCCCAUGCUUCACCGUAGGGAUGGUGCCAGGUUUCCUCCAGAGGUGAUGUUUGGCAUUCAGGCCAAAUAGUUCAAUCUUGCUUUCAUCAGAUCAGACAAUCUUGUUUCUCAUGGUCUGAGAGUCCUUUAGGUGCCUUUUAGCAAACUCCAAGUGGGCUGUCAUUUGCCUUUUACUAAGGAGUGGCUUCCGUCUGGCCACUCUACCAUAAAGGCCUGAUUGGUGCAGUGCUGCAUAAAUGGUUGUCCUUCUGGAAGGUUCUCCCAUCUCCACAGAGGAACUCUGGAGUUCUGUCAGAGUGACCAUCGGGUUCUUGGUUACCUCCCUGACCAAGGCCCUUCUCUCCCGAUUGCUUAGUUUGGCCGGGUGCCAGCUCUAGGAAGAGUCUUGGUGGUUCCAAACUUCUUCCAUUUAAGAAUGAUAGAGGCCACUGUGUUCUUGGGGACCUUCAAUGCUGCAGAAAUGUUUUGGUACCCUUCCCCAGAUCUGUGCCUCGACACAAUCCUGUCUCUGAGCUCUACGGACAAUUCCUUCGACCUCAUGGCUUGGUUUUUGCUCUGACAUGCACUGUCAACUGUGGGACCUUAUAUAGACUGGUGUAUGCCUUUCCAAAUUAUGUCCAAUCAAUUGAAUUUACCACAGGUGGACUCCAAUCAAGUUGUAGAAACAUCUCAAGGAUGAUCAAUGGAAACAGGAUGCACCUGAGCUCAAUUUCACGUUUCAUAGCAAAGGGUCUGAAUACUUAUGUAAAUAAGGUAUUUCUGUUUUAGGUUUAAUACAUUUGCAAACAUUUCUAAAAACCUGUUCUCGCUUUGUCAUUGUGGGGUAUUGUGUGUAGAUUAAUGAGGGGAAACAUUCAUUUAAUCCCUUUUAGAAUAAGGCUGUAACGUAACAAAAUGUGGAAAAGGGAAGGGUUCUGAAUACUGCACGCUUAACGUAGAGUAAUUUAUGCAACUUUAGUUGUGAUACAAACGUUAGACUAUAUGUUUAGAUUUUUAAUACAUUCUAAGGCUGCAUAAUGCGACUAAUGAUUUGAUAAAAGUCGCAUGAAAGGCAAGCGCUCUGCUCUGUUUCUUGCGCAGGCUGCACACACUUCAUUCACAAUAUGACAAGCACUUGAUUAUAUUCUCACCCAUUAGACUAGUCUCAAUUUAAUCUGGUCUUUACAUAUAGCCUACUAAUAUGUGUGGAAUGUUUGUUUUAUUUAGAAUUGCGUCAUGUCUGGAAUAGCAAAUGGAGGUUACGUGCAGUUACGUUUUUAAUAUGCCAGGUAGGCUACACUGCUUGUAAAGCGGAUUAAUGUGUUUAAUUUUAAUAACUGAGCAAUAAAUAUAGCAGCACGACAAGGCUGGUAUCCUCUUUAAAUAGUGGGCAGUCAAAAUUCUGUUUUCACACGUGAUUACGCAAUGACUGGGUUUAUAAGAACACAUGUUUCACUAGGCUCUGUAGGCUAUUGGCUCUGUAACCUUGUUCCACGGGUCUUGGACCUAUAGGCUACGUUUUGGAGUUAUUUGGCCACUUUAGUUGUGAUAUAAACCUUAUCAAAACAUGUAUGCCUAUGGGCUAGGCUACAUGAUGCAUGCGACUAUGAUUUGAAAAAGUUUCUUUCUGGGCAUCAUUCACAGGUGAUCAUAUUCUCACCCAUCAGACUAUUCGCAAUUUAAUCUUGUCUUUACAUACACUAAAUAAUAUGUGUGAAAUUUAGUUUUUUGAUUUACAAUGGCCAUUAUCAUGCACCUGUUGGAACAGGGGCAGGGUAAAAAAAGACAUGUCAUCCAUAUGCACUUGAAUAGUGAAUGGAGGACGCUUUUCCUGCUUUUCAUUUUGAUGCCUGCCAGGUAGGCUACUCAGAUUGUAAAAUGAAGUAAUGUGCAUAAUAUUAGGAACGUUCAGAAAUAUACACACACACAGUGAGGGGGAAAAAAGUAUUUGAUCCCCUGCUGAUUUUUUACGUUUGAUAACUGACAAAGAAAUGAUCAGUCUAUCAUUUUAAUGGUCGGUUUAUUUGAACAGUGAGAGACAGAAUAGCAACAAAAAAAUCCAGAAAAACGCAUGUCAAAAAUAUUAUAAAUUGAUUUGCAUUUGAAUGAGGGAAAUAAGUAUUUCACCCCCUCUCAAUCAGAAAGAUUUCUGGCUCCCAGGUGUCUUUUUAUUUUGGUAACGAGCUGAGAUUAGGAGCACACUCUUAAAGGGAGUGCUCCUAAUCUCAGUUUGUUACCUGUAUAAAAGACACCUGUCCACAGAAGCAAUCAAUCAAUCAGAUUCCAAACUCCCCACCAUGGCCAAGACCAAAGAGCUCUCCAAGGAUGUCAGGGACAAGAUUGUAGACCUACUCAAGGCUGGAAUGGGCUACAAGACCAUCGCCAAGCAGCUUGGUGAGAAGGUGACAACAGUUGGUGCGAUUAUUCGAAAAUGGAAGAAACACAAAAGAACUGUCAAUCUCCCUCGGCCUGGGGCUCCAUGCAAGAUCUCGUCUUGUGGAGUUGCAAUGAUCAUGAGAACGGUGAAGAAUCAGCCCAGAACUACACGGGAGAAUCUUGUCAAUGAUCUCAAGACAGCUGGGACCAUAGUCACCAAGAAAACAAUUGGUAACACACUAUGCCGUGAAGGACUGAAAUCCUGCAGUGCCCGCAAGGUCCCCCUGCUCAAGAAAGCACAUAUACAUGCCUGUUUGAAGUUUGCCAAUGAACAUCUGAAUGAUUCAGAGGAGAACUGGGUGAAAGUGUUGUGGUCAGAUGAGACCAAAAUGGAGCUCUUUGGCAUCAACUCAACUCACCGUGUUUGGAGGAGGAGGAAUGCUGCCUAUGACCCCAAGAACACCAUCCCCACCGUCAAACAUGGAGGUGGAAACAUUAUGCUUUGAGGGUGUUUUUCUGCUAAGGGGACAGGACAACUUCACCGCAUCAAAGGGACGAUGGACGGGGCCAUGUACCGUCAAAUCUUGGGUGAGAACCUUCCCUCAGCCAGGGCAUUGAAAAUGGGUCAUGGAUGGGUAUUCCAGCAUCACAAUGACCCAAAACACACGGCCAAGGCAACAAAGGAGUGGCUCAAGAAGAAGCACAUUAAGGUCCUGGAGUGGCCUAGCCAGUCUCCAGACCUUAAUCCCAUAGAAAAUAUGUGGAGGGAGCUGAAGAUUCGAGUUGCCAAACGUCAGCCUCGAAACCUUAAUGACUUGGAGAAGAUCUGCAAAGAGGAGUGGGACAAAAUCCCUCCUGAGAUGUGUGCAAACCUGGUGGCCAACUACAAGAAACGUCUGACCUCUGUGAUUGCCAACAAAGGUUUUGCCACCAAGUACUAAGUCAUGUUUUGCAGAGGGGUCAAAUACUUACUUCCCUCAUUAAAAUGCAAAUCAAUUUAUAACAUUUUUGACAUGCGUUUUUCUGGAUUUUUUUUGUUAUUCUGUCUCACUGUUCAAAUAAACCUACCAUUUAAAAUUAUAGACUGAUCAUUUCUUUGUAAGUGGGCAAACGUACAAAAUCAGCAGGGGAUCAAAUCCUUUUUUCCCUCACUGUAUAUAGUAGGCCUAGCCUAUAGAAAGCUGAUGGGAUCCUCCUCUUUUUAAUAGAGGCCAUCAAAACUCUGUUUUCUCACGCAAUUGCAUAGCCUAUAGAAACACUUAUUUCAUUUCAUGAGGAGCUUGCUCUUGCUGCACAACAGGUUAUCGUAUUCCACUCAAACUCUGAAUGCCAGGGCUCUCAUGAAGUGUUUGAUUUGAUUUCAAUUGCAAAUGCAUUGAUGUCAGAGUGAUUAGAGGGACAAUAGAGCGCUGAGUACCGGCCAUUAGCAACUGGCAGCAAGUUUGGUAGGCUACUAAUGACCAUCAGCGGCAUCAGAGCACAGUUUUGGAGAAGCGUAGUUACGGUCAAGUGGAAUUUGACUGUGGUCAUGAUUUGUGACUGCCGGUGUGGCAGUAAUAUGGUCACCGGAACUGCCCUAUAUGUGUAACAUGAAUGUGUGUGUAGUUGUAUGGGAAGUCCUGUUAGAACCAGGUCUAACAGGCUCCUUUCUCCUCUCCUCAGCCAAGCAGAUAUACCAGAAACCUGUGUGAGAUACAUUGGAGGGAUGCUGGAUGAAGUCAUCAAAGUAGGAUGUGAGGUAGUUCCGUUUUCUGUAGUAGUGUGUCUUACCAGCAGAGGAUGCUGGUGUGUGGUUUGACGACUCCCUCCAUCCAAACUAUAUCUGAAACCAAAAGCUGUGUUUGUGUGUGUUUGUGUUCCCCAGGUGUGCAGCACAGACGAGGAGGAGAGUCUGAAGGUGGUGCAGUCCUAUUUUUAUUUUUUUACCUGAGCAGGAAGCUGGAGGGGCUGCCUCUGUCCAUCACCUCAGUGCAAUGGUCCCACCCGGCCCUCCGCUACACCCAGGUAACCCCCCAUUUUAGACACUCUCCGGAGUUAAGUUUCCCCUAGGUACAGAUCUAGGAUCACUUCCCUUCGCCCAAUCCUAACCUUAAUAGUGGGGGAAAUACAAAACGGACCCAGGAUCAGCUUUAGACACAAUCUACAGGCCUCAUCUCCUCUUCAGCUCCAUGCAGGAGAUGGUCCAUAAUUUGAAUGUUUGUUUUUUGUGCGUUCUUCCUCCAUCACACAGGUGUUCUCCCCAGUGCCCCUGAAGCUGGAUUACUCGUUCUUUGACAGAGAAAAGUUGUCCCGGUCGCUGGUGCCCCAGGAGGGCAAACCAUGCCCUGUGUACAUCACGUCUGUCAAAGGUACCUCACACCAUGACUUGUCUGCCCCACCAGUGUGUGUGUGUGUUCUUCUGUACUAUUCAGACCAAAUAGAAAUGUGUUGUUGUGGAUCCAGUUAAGGUAUUUUUUAGUUGUGUGUUUUCUACUAUAAGCCCCCCUCUUUGUCACCUCCUAUUGUAGUGAUCUGCCACAUGGAGGGCAGUGGGAAGUGGCCUCAUGACCAGGUGGCCAUCCGCCACAUUAAAGCAGCCUUCCACAUCAGCCUGGGAGAACUGUUGACCAAACACCACCGCUACACCUGCCAGCCCAGCCCCACACACCUGGACGUGUGGAAGGUAGGGGCCCUGCUUUCUGUCUGAGGGGGUGGGAGCAGGGCUCGACAUUAACACUUGUCCGGGACAAGUAAAAAAAAAAUUCUGACAAGAAGAACAUAGAUUCAAGUUGUCGGCGAAUGGACAAGUUAAAAUUAAUCACAAUAUUCAACAAUUACUCUGCUCAGAACUGGAUCAGAGAGGCCAACAUUGGAAUAAUAUUCAAAUCCAUUUUCCAUGUACAUAAAUAAAAAAGCGAAGGUCAAAGUGUAGGUGAUAUGCAUAGACCUGUUGGCUAUAGCCUCAUGUACAAACCGAUGCUGACAUGAGGGAGGUGCCAGAAAAUGUAGCCAAAUGUUAAUGAGACUUUUAAAUCCAUAAAUAUAGACUAACCGGAGUGUCUUGUGACCAUUUGCGCAUCGCACAUCACCCACCUUGAAUCUGAGCAGAGGCGUAAGCAUUUUGAAACUAUUUAACCAUAAACGUAGUUGUUUAAAACCAAUUUUAUGUAAUUGUAUGAAGCAUGUCUCACAGUACCUUGUUUCAAAGUAGCCUAGCCAAAAUACGACCAUAAAUGUUAAGAUAAUUAUUCACAUACCAUUGAAAGCAAAAAAUGUUUCUCAUGUUCUAUUUAUUUUUUCAAAUCUAUGUUAUUUUAUUGUCCAACAGCCAAAGGCACAGUCAUAGUCAAAUUAGUAGUAACCAAUGCUAGCUGACGCAUCUUUAGAACUCUCCUAUUUCUUCAUUUCUAAAACGGCUCGCGUGUGCUGUGCGCUUUUGAGAACUGUGUUUUCACGCUAAUUGCAUUUUAGAACAUUUGCGCGUAGCUUACAGCCAUGUGCACAUUUCUGAGCUCAUAAUAUUAAGAGAGAGAACUUUAUCAACAUUUUAAGCGAAAUUGUUUGAGCUGCCUCAUUGCUAUACUUUUUUUGGGGAUGUGCAGCAGUUGUAUGAAUUUUGGAUCUGUCGUCCCAGAAUUGUCCCAGUCUGUUUUGAACCGUCCUAAACAUAUAUUUUAUCGUUACAGGGACUACCUUCCCUGGAGGGAAUUAUUUUAGACUUAAAUAGUAUUUGGUUGUAAUUGUAAUGUUGCAAUAUUUUAAAAGCUACCAAGGGUGGCCAACCAUCCUCCAGGAGAGUCUUUAAAGGGGCCUUGUUGUAUUUUGAGACAUUUUUGUCUUUCUCUAUGGCAAAAAAGAUAGUAACGCAUUUUAUUUAGUAAAGUGGUUCCUUGCAUCAUACAAUGAUGUAAUAAUGGUGUUACAGAACAUUUUUGGGGGGGAGGAAAGUGACUUGAGCUUAAAAAAAAUUGUCCUACUUGUCCGAAAGAAAAGUGGCUAAAAAAGUUAAUGUCAACCACUAAGGUGUGGGUGUAUGGUUAGAGGUGAUGGUCAUUGUUAUGUUCAUUCAUGACUAGUAUAGGGAAGCACUCUUAUCAGGCACCUUGACUAACUGUGUGUGUGUGUCAAGGAUGGCUUGGCGUUCAGGAUCCAGGUAGCACACCACCGGGAGCCUCAGGUCCUGAGGGAGAGUGUAAGUCCAGAAGGACUGCUCAUUGUCAGGGACAAUGAGGAGACUCAAGCCCUGGAGAUGGCAAACAUGCACCGGCCCCUACUCACCUGCACGGGUCAGACACUAGCUUUACACUGGAGCGCUCCUUCUAUCAGCUAACAUGAGCUUUACAUGUCCUCUCUCCACAUCUCUCCCUUUCAGCUAACACUAUAAUUGUACAAUCUCUCUAUUGCUCUCUCUCAAAUGGACACACACACACACAUACACACACAUCUUAAUAUUUAUGUGGUUGUGUGUUCUAGGCUCCAGCAACUCCACCCGUGCUUCGGGGCGGUGUGUCGCCUGGCCAAGCGCUGGCUAGGCGCUCAGCUCUUCAACGAUGACAUCACAGAGGACAUUGCUGACCUGCUGGUGGCGUCCCUCUUCCUGCAGCCGGCCCCCUUCACUCCUCCAGGGUAACUAGCCACCUGCAUAUCAGUCCAUCUCUGACCCUUUCCCUCUCUCUCUCGUCUCCUUCAUGUACCACAUGACUGAUACAACCCCCCUCUCUCUCUCCCUCCUUUCUCUCUGUCCGUCUCCCCCUUCUUUCUCUCGUUGUCUCUUGCUCCCUCUCGUCUCGCUCGCUCUCUUGCUUUCUGUCUCCAUGUCUCUCUCUCCUCUAUCUUUCUCUUCUCUCUCUCCUCUCUCUCUCCAUGUCUCUCUCUCUCUUGUUUCUCUCAGGUCUCCUCAGGUGGGUUUCCUUCGCUUCCUUCGACUGGAGAAACAACCCCCUGGUGGUCAACCUCAACAGCCAGCUCACCGGUGAGCACACACAAUGUGGCUGUAUAUUGUAUCUUACACAAAUAUGUUAAUUUUAUCAUAUUCGUGCAGCACAAAAAAAUACCCCAUGGAGUGUUCUCUCUCGCUGACGUGCUUCAUAUGUAGACUUCCUUUUCCCACUCUCUCUCUCCUACCCUCUGUCCUCAUCUGUAGCUGCUGACUUCACAGAGAUCAAGAAUGAGUUCAUCUUCUCCAGAGAGUCUCUGCCUGUCAUGUUCAUCGCCAACGCCCAAAGACAAGAAGCUGUCAAUCUGUACCAAUCAGGCUCCGUCUGUACAGGUUAGAACACACAGUACAGUCACCAGUACAGUCAUCCAAUAGCAUUUUAUUUGCACAACCCAUUGUACACAACAUAGUAACAGAAGACUCACAGACAGACUUGAAAGAGAAGAAAUGGAAUACAAACUUUUCAAAUGAUUGAACUGUAGUGGACUAACUUUCACAUGCUAACGUUUUUAGCAUUUCUGACACAAAUCCCAUACGUUCCAAGAUCCCAUACGUUCCAAGACGUUCCAAGAUGGCGUAGCAGUGCGGUCGCGGUUUUAUUCAUUGUCCUUGUGUAAAUAUCCCGUUUCUUGUUUUUUUGUCUAUUUUGUAUAUAUUUCUCAAUUUUUACUUUUCAUUCUUUAACUAAAUAUACUUUCCUGCAACCCGUCUCACCCAACGUGGAAAGGAUUCUAUUAUUUCUUUAUAACUUUCAUCAAGAACCUUAAGCUGAAACUAGUGUAGCUGCAACUGAAUGGCUACUUGCUAUUAGUCACCGUUAGUGUCUUCACCAUUGUCCGUGGCCUACACUAUCCACCAGCCAGCUCUAGCUCUAGCCUGGACAAUUCGUCGGCCAGUCUGCACAGCGUGCUAUCGACCCAGAGCUUAUUGGACUUUCUGCCGGAAUCACUGGACCCUAGCGCCGGAUCAUCGCAACCAGCUAGCUAGCUGCAACCUGUUGUUGGCUAAUUACCAUUGCCCUAUAGCAAGCACCAGUUAGCCUUGAGCUAGCCUCAGGCCCAUCUCCCGGCUAUCUACCUCUCUGUCAAUAUUGCUGUUCACUGGACCUUAUGAUCACUCAGCUGCACAGCUGAUGCCUGCUGGACUGUUCCUUUACACGGUACCCUGUCCUGUUUAUUCUGUUUAGCCUCAGCCCAAACGUUAUCGCUAUUACCAGUUGUUGUCUUAGCUCUCUCUAAUAACACCUGUGAUUGCUUUAUGCCUCUCUCCCAUGUCAAUUAUGCAUUGCCUAUUGCUGUUUGGGUUAGUUCUUAUUAUACAAUUUCACUGUAGAACCCCUAGUCCCUCUCAAACUGCCUCAAAUAGUUCCUUUGUUCCACCCCCCAUACACGCCGAGACCGGCUCAAUCGGUGCCUCCAGUGAUGCUAUCUCUUUCAUUGUUACCCAACGCUUAGGGUUACCUGAACUGUACUCAUAUCCUUCCAUAUCCUUUUCUGUACAUAAUGCCCUGAAUCUUUUCUACAACGCCCGGAGAACUGCCCCCUUUAUUCUAUGUACCCAACGCACUAGAAGACCAGUUCUUAAAGCCUUUAGUCGUAUCCUUAUUCUAGUCCUCCUCUGUUCCUCUGGUGAUGUAGAGGCUAACCCAGGCCCUGCAGCCCCCAGUAUCACUCCUACUCCCCAGGAGCUAUCAUUUGUUGACUUCUGUAACCGUAAAAGUCUUGGUUUUCUGCACAUAAAUAUCAGAAGCCUCCUUCCUAAGUUUGAGUUAUUCACUGCGUUAGCACACUCCGCCAACCCUGAUGUUCUAGCAGUGUCUGAAUCCUGGCUUAGGAAGGCCACCAAAAAUUCUGAAAUUUCCAUCCCCAACUAUAACAUUUUCCGUCUAGAUAGAACUGCCAAAGGGGGUGGAGUUGCAAUCUACUGUAGAGAUAGCCUGCAGAGCUCUAUCAUACUAUCCAGGUCUGUGCCCAAACAGUUUGAGCUUCUACUUCUAAAAAUCCACCUUUCCAGAAAUAUUUCUCUCACUGUUGCCGCUUGCUACAGACCCCCCUCAGCCCCCAGCUGUGCCCUGGACACCAUAUGUGAAUUGAUUGCCCCCCAUCUAUCCUCAGAGUUCGUACUGCUUGGUGACCUAAAUUGGGAUAUGCUUAACACCCCGGCCAUCCUACAAUCUAAACUAGAUGCCCUCAAUCUCACACAAAUUAUCAACGAACUUACCAGGUACAACCCUAAAUCCGUAAACAUGGGUACCCUCAUAGAUAUCAUCCUGACUAACUUACCCUCUAAAUACACCUCCGCUGUCUUCAACCAGGAUCUCAGCGAUCACUGCCUUAUUGCCUGCGUCCGUAACGGGUCCGCGGUCAAACGACCACCCCUCAUCACUGUCAAACGCUCCCAAAAACACUUCAGCGAGCAGGCCUUCCUAAUUGACCUGGCCCAGGUAUCCUGGAUGGAUAUAUAUCUCAUUCCGUCAGUAGAGGAUGCCUGGUUGUUCUUUAAAAGUAAUUUCCUCUCAAUCUUAAAUAAACAUGCCCCAUUCAAAAAAUACAGAACUAAGAACAGAUAUAGCCCCUGGUUCUCCUCAGACUUGACUGCCCUUGACCAGCACAAAAAUAUCCUGUGGCGUACUGCAUUAGCAUCAAAUAGCCCCCGCGAUAUGCAACUUUUCAGGGAAGUUAGGAACCAAUAUACACAAGCAGUUAGGAAAGCAAAGGCUAACUUUUUCAAACAGAAAUUUGCAUCCUGUAGCACUAACUCCAAAAAGUUUUGGGACACUGUAAAGUCCAUGGAAAAUAAGAGCACUUCCUCCCAGCUGCCCACUGCACUGAGGCUAGGAAACACUAUCACCACCGAUAAAUCUACAAUAAUUGAGAAUUUCAACAAGCAUUUUGCUACGGCUGGCCAUGCUUUCCACCUGGCUACCACUACCCCGGCCACCAGCUCUGCACCCUCCGCUGCAACUUGCCCAUGCCCCCCCCCCGCUUCUCCUUCACACAAAUCCAGACAGCUGAUGUUCUGAAAGAGCUGCAAAAUCUGGACCCCUACAAAUCAUCUGGGCUAGACAAUCUGGACCCUUUCUUUCUAAAACUAGCCGCCAAAAUUGUCGCAACCCCUAUUACUAGCCUGUUCAACCUCUCUUUCGUAACGUCUGAGAUCCCCAGAGAUUGGAAAGCUGCCGCGGUCAUCCCCCUCUUCAAAGGGGGUGACACUCUAGAUCCAAACUGUUACAGACCCAUAUCCAUCCUGCCCUGCCUUUCAAAAGUUUUUGAAAGCCAAGUUAACAAACAGAUCACCGACCAUUUCGAAUCCCACCGUACCUUCUCCGCUAUGCAAUCCGGUUUCCGAGCUGGUCAUGGGUGCACUUCAGCCACACUCAAGGUCAUAAACGAUAUUAUAACCGCGAUCGAUAAUAGACAGUACUGUGCAGCCGUUUUCAUUGACCUGGCCAAGGCUUUCGACUCUGUCAACCACCGCAUUCUUAUUGGCAGACUAAAUAGCCUUGGUUUCUCAAAUGACUGCCUCGCCUGGUUCACCAACUACUUCUCAGAUAGAGUUCAAUGUGUCAAAUCGGAGGGCCUGUUGUCUGGACCUAUGGCAGUCUCUAUGGGGGUGCCACAGGGUUCAAUUCUUGGGCCGACUCUUUUGUCUGUGUAUAUCAAUGACGUCACUCUUGCUGCUGGUGACUCUCAGAUCCACCUCUACGCAGACGACACCAUUUUGUAUACAUCUGGCCCUUCAUUGGACACUGUGUUAACAAACCUCCAAACGAGCUUCAAUGCCAUACAACACUCCUUCAGUAGCCUCCAACUGCUCUUAAACACUAGUAAAACUAAAUGCAUGCUCUUCAACCGAACGCUGCUUGCACCCGCCCACCCGACUAGAAUCACUACUCUCGACGGGUCUGACCUAGAGUAUGUGGACAACUACAAAUAUCUAGGUGUCUGGUUAGACUGUAAACUCUCCUUCCAGACUCACAUAAAGAAUCUCCAAUCCAAAGUUAAAUCUAGAGUUAAUCUAGAAUCGGUUUUCCUAUUUCGCAACAAAGCCUCCUUCACUCAUGCUGCCAAACAUGCCCUCGUAAAACUGACUAUCCUACCGAUCCUUGACUUCGGCGAUGUCAUUUACAAAAUAGCCUCCAACACUCUACUCAGCAAAUUGGAUGUAGUCUAUCACAGUGCCAUCCGUUUUGUCUCCAAAGCCCCAUAUACUACCCACCACUGUGACCUGUACGCUCUUGUUGGCUGGUCCUCACUACAUAUUCGUCGCCAAACCCACUGGCUCCAGGCCAUCUAUAAAUCACUGCUAGGCAAAUCCCCGCCUUAUCUUAGCUCAUUGGUCACCAUAGCAACACCCACCCGUAGUAUGCACUCCAGCAGGUAUAUCUCACUGGUCAUUCCCAAAGCCAACACCUCCUUUGGCCGCCAUUCCUUCCAGUUCUCUGCUGCCAAUGACUGGAACAAAUUGCAAAAAUCUCUGAAGCUGGAGACACUUAUCUCCCUCACUAACUUUAAGCAUCAGUUGUCAGAGCACCUUACCGAUCACUGCACCUGUACACAGCCCAUCUGAAAUUAGCCCGCCCAACUACCUCAUCCCUAUAUUGUUAUUUAUUUUGCUCAUUUGUACCCCAGUAUCUCUAUUUGCACAUCAUCUCUUGCACAUCUAUCGUUCCAGUGUUAAUACUAAUUGUAAUUAUUUUGCACUAUAGCCUAUUUAUUGCCUUACCUCCAUAACUUGCUACAUUUGCACACACUGUAUAUAUAUUUAUUUCUGUUGUAUUUUUGACUUUGUUUUGUUUUACCCCAUAUGUAACUCUGUGUUGUUGUUUUUAUCGCACUGCUUUGCUUUAUCUUGGCCAGGUCGCAGUUGUAAAUGAGAACUUGUUCUCAACUGGUUUACCUGGUUAAAUAAAGGUGAAAUAAAAAAAGUAAAAAAAGUAAUGGGAACGAUAUGAGCAUUUUCCGCGCAUCAUGUCCAAAUCAAAUCAUCCGAAAGUAUCUAAAAUCGAUUGUGAAGGUCAACAAAGUAACUAGUAGAUGAUUUGAACAUGAAAAAUGCUAAUAUCAUUCCUAUGACUUUAAUGGGAUUUGUGCCACAAAUGCUAAAAUGUUAGCAUGUGGAAACAGUGCCAGGGAAACUAAACCAAAGCAUGGAUUGCUGUCAUACCUUGUCCAUAGACAGCUUACAGGGUAAGGAAACCAAUGUAAUUUUGUAAUUUGGGUGAACUACAAUUGUCAGUGUAAUGCAUCUCAAUAGUUAAAAUAGUGCUUUUACACAAUGUUGAAACCUAAUAUUCCACAAUUGACAUUGUCAUUUCAAUGACAGGUAUUUGUAUCAACAUUUUAGCUUUUUAUAAUAAACCAAUUUAUUUACAGGGUUACAUAUUAGUUUCUAGGGCACAACAUGUGCUUCAGAAAUAGCUCAAAUACAUAUAGGGCAAAUACAGGCUAUAUCAAUCGAUUUUACAAAUAUUUUCUGGUGCUCCUAAAUUUUGUUGUGCGCCUAACUUUUAGAAGUUGGGAGCACCAGUUUUACCAAUGAAAAAUAUUAAUUUAGAGCCCUAACUAUAGUAAAUAUAAUAGUAGAUGUGCCAUCAUAAACAGCGGAGCAGAAAUGAAUUGCACAUUGUUGGUAGUCGGCAUUCACACAGUUUCCCUAUCCUCGGACCCUUCCUCAAGGCACACUGCUCUCCUGCGUCACACUGUUGGAGGAUCCACUCACAUCAUUAUCACUAUUACUACUUAGUAAAAAAAAUUCGGAAUGGUAAAAGUAGAGAUUAUGUAUCUUACUCACCAUAGGCAACUGACUGUUUAUUUUCAUGAUAUGGACCCCUGUUGAUUUAUAACCUUUCAAGCACCUCUUGGAAAUCACUCAUCUGUAACGUCAUGCACAUUCAGUUUGUGAUGUUAUUACACUAAUACAAUAAUAUUACAUUCAUUCAAAAUGGCAAUAAGAAAAAUUUAACCUGACUGCUUUUUUUUCUCCAUUUAUGCUGUUAUAGACAAACACAAUGGAUAUGGCUUAUAUGAAAAUAACAAGUGAAUUUAAUGCUCACCAGUUGCUUUUUGUCCCUGUUUACUUCCGGAAGGAAAUCAGUUUCUUUUUUCCAUGUCUGCUGUUUGAUAGUGCGUUGAGAAAUACGGCAGCACACCGCAACAUGGGGAGAUAAAACCGGCAGCUUCCCAUUUUUCUCAUUUAGCUUUCCCGUUCCACUUCAACCACUGGAUUACAAUGCUCAAACUAGCUGUUCUCUAGACCUGGCAUGUUUGUAUGUGUGUGUCUGUCAAAGAGCUUUGAAUUCAAUAGGCCUACUGCGUAACGUGAAGAAGAAGCGUCAUAAACUAACAUUUCAUGUGCCUGAGAAAAACGUGUGCGUUUGCGGCAUCUGUCACGUCACUUUCACAUUGAUGGCAAAGGUGCAGUUCAUUUUGAAUCACUGCAGUGAAUGGGACAAAAACAAAGAUGGAAAUGCACGAAGGCUGCACAGUAGCACUUGCCUAAUCAACUUAUUAAUUGAGAGGCAGAUUGAGCUGAGCACAUAGGCGCACACAUCAAUGGAACAGCUAUUAAUUGUGCUCAGUGCACAUUUUUACAGCCCAAUAUUCUCACCAAGAUGCCGGUCCUUGAAAAUGUACCAGAUCUUUAUCAUGAAGUCGUCAUCUGACCUGGGGUUAAGACAACAGAGAGAGUAGUCAUAGUGACUCAAUGGAACUCAGAAACAAUAUUUUGUGACGAUAGAUGAGGAUAGUUCCAAAUGAGGAGUUUAAACGGUGUGUCUUGAAGGACAACAAACAGGUGUUGUAGGAUUACUCCCACUAUAAUGACUAGUGUGGGUGUGUGGUAUAAUGUGUGUUAUUAAAUGGUGUGCGUUUCUUCCUGUGUGCUCAGAUGCUUCAGCGUGUGGUGAUGGUGGCCGCAGAGAGUCUGAAGGUCCUGGAACCUCAGUUGAUGGACGCCAACCAGAUACAGGACGUCCGAGUUAGUCACACACACACUUACCCACCAUUCUAUCAAUCUAUUCAUACUCAUAAAACUACUACAUGCACACUCACAUUCAUGUUAGUAUGUUUUUCUUCAGUCAGACCUACUUUUUUGUAAUAAUCCAUUCCAUCAUUAACAUUCCUUUCCCUUCUCUUCCUCUGUUCUCUCGCUCCGUGUGUGUGUUUGCAUGUGUACAGGUGGCCAUGCGGCCUCCUUUGGAUGCCUAUGAUGUCCUGACCCACCUGAUCCCCAAGCAGGUGCCCUUACUGAGCCAGGCAGUGGACCCGCCUCAUGCUACCUUCAGCAGGGGCAUCCUGGCUGGCAGCGUGGCCAACACUGGAGGGGUACUACCCGUCAUCGACUUCUGCCCCGUCACCCACUACCUGGCAGAACUCAGAGUGAGUACGUGUGUGUGCGCCCGUGUGUGCCUGCAUGUGUGUUGGCGAUAGAUCCUUUUUGCCUAUAUAAAUGAGGCUCAGGCUAGCGGGUUUUCUAUAGAAGCAAAAAGGCAAUGUCUGGGUUUCUCCUGACAUGCACUUUUUCCUUUUCAUUGGCUCCAUUUUUUAACCGGUGUCCCCUCCUGUCUUUCCCAGGAUGCAUUUGGAGUCCUGGCUCUGUUCUUCUGUGACCCCUACGGCGGCACUGUGAUCGCUGUGCUAUGGAAACCCAAAGCCUUCAGCCCACUGCCUUUCAAGGUAAAGACAGAAAAAUCACAGAAUAUGUCUCUCUCCUUUUCUGCUCAUGCAUUUCUUUGUGUAUCCCCCUUGGUCAUGUGUCCCUCCCUCUUCCAGACCUCCCAGAUGGUGGCUCGUCGUGGGGAGGUGAGUGGGGAGGAGGCUCACACUGUCCCCAAUGUGGAGGCCAUACUGGAGGACUUCAGGGUCAUGGGCCAGGGUCUGGUCAAGUCAGUGGAGCCAUGGACUGAGAAAUGGGUGGUGUAGACUGAGCACGUGCGCAAGCACACACACACACACACACACAGACACACAGAAACAUGUACGAUAAUUGUAUUUUAAUUUAAACAAUCACAUUUUGAAAUGGAUUACCCCAUAGCCAGCAA